AUGAGGCGGCGGUGGUUUGUCUUCGGCUUGUUCUCCUUUGGCGCUGCUGCUGCCGCUGCUGCUGCCCCGUGCAGCAGCAGCAAACAGACUCUCUCGCCAGCCCUAACCUUCUUGUCAGUGCCUCCUCGGGCUCUGCAGCUCCGCCAGUCUGCUGCAGCAGCAGCGCGCGGCACUGCAGCAGCAGCAGCAGCAGCAGCAGCAGUAGCCGAGCAGGCAAAGACAACGGGCGUCCCGCUGGGCACAACGGAGGCCCUUGAGGAGCUGCUGCGCCGAUCAAGGCCAGGGCCUUUCAACACUGAGGGGCCCCUAAAGGGGGCCCCCCAGUGGGGGCCCCCCGAGGAGGCCCCCCAUGGGAGGGCCCCAGCGGCGGGCCCCCAGGAAGGGGCCCCUGAGGGGGGCCCCCAUGGGGGCCCCCCUUGGGGGGCCCCCCGGUCUCUGUGCAUUAUGGGCUGCACCGGGAGUGUGGGGGCCCAGGCCCUAGAAGUUGUGCGGCAGUUUCCUGGGUGGUUCCGUGUGCGAGCUCUUGUUGCUGCAGGGUCUAGGCUGCAGCCUUUGCUGCAGCAAACCCUCGAGUUUAGGCCCGACUUCGUGAUAGUGGACAGCGCCGAGCGCGCCAGGGCACUGCAGGAGCUGCUGCGGGGCGCGUUCAAGGCCCCCAGCAGCAGCAGCAGCAGCAGCAGCGGCGGGAUGCCCGCAGUGCUGCACGGGGUGGAGGCAAUGGAGGAAGCAGCCAGCUUGCCAGCAGUGGACUGCGUGCUGCUGGCCAUCUCAGGCUUCAAAGGCUUAAGGCCAGCUCUUGCUGCACUGCAGGCCGGCAAAGACGUGGCCCUAGCAACUAAGGAGGCCCUUGUUGCUGCAGGUGAGCGGGCACCCGGGGAGGCAGCAGCAGCAGCAGCAGAAGAAAAAGCAGCGGUUGCCGCAGCAGCAGCAGCAGCUGCCGCCGCAGCAGCAGCAACUGCCGCAGCAGCAGCAGCAGCUGCUGCUGCUGCUGCUGCCGCAGCAGCAGCAACCACUUGCACGCCUGGGCUCGCAUGCCGCAGAACAGCAAACUCCACCCCCCCACACUUUGCCUCCACUGUGACCAGUUGUCCACUGUGGUCUCCGCAGGUCCGGUCUUCCGAAACCUCUUCAGACGAACCCGCGCCGGUGACGCCCGUGGGAUGUACGGACACCUCGGGGCCCCGGGGGCCCCGGGGGCCCCUGGGGCCCCAGGGGCCCCUGGGUUUGGCAGCGGGGGAAGGGGGCCCCUGA